AUGGGCGCAGUUCAAAAGGCUCACAGAGUGUUCGAAAAGAGUUCGGUGCUUCGGCGCUUUUCUCUUAUUCGCACAAUGCCCGCCCACAUACCCACGCCCCUCAGCCCUACCACUCCUUUCCGCAUCUCUCCACGAACGCCCACAUACCACACCCUCUUUCCUCACGUACCGCCCACACACGGCCUCUACACCUCCACACCACACUGCACCCACAUCCCCGCCCACACCCACCAUUUCCACCCCACACCCACACGCACCUACCCAACGCCCACAACCCCCACACCCCACAGCCGCCCACACCCACACACCCCGCCCACCUGCACCUGGCCUCCCAACACCACAGCCCCGCCCACAGCCCUCCUCACCCCAACCCCACGCCCAACACACGCCCCGCCCACACCCCACACCCGGCCCACACCACACGCCCGAUUCCCGCCCACCCACACCCCCACACCUACAGCCCCGCCAACCCACACCCCGCCCACACCACAGCCCCCCACACCACAGCCCCGCCCCACCACAACCCCGCCCACACCACACCGCCACACCACAGCCCCCCCACACCCCGCCCGCCCAAGCUCCGAGUCCCUCCCCCGGGCGCUCACGGGCGUCGGGCGGAGAAUUGCCACGGCGAAGUUUCCUCAAGUAGCAGAUGCUAAUCUUAAUAUGAGAAAUAAUACGUCUUGCAAUCAUGAUCUGGACUUUGAUGCCGCAAUAGCAAUUGUGACCUGUUCACGAUGUGCAUUAACGCAGUCACGGGCAUGUCCCUCCACCGGACCGCUCCCGCUCGCCGCCGCCCUGAUGCCACCCGCCCCGGCCGCCGCCGUGUUCCUUCUGCGAGACGCAGCGGACACGGGAACUGGACUUCGCGGCCCAGCAACUCCUCUGAAGGAAUUCCUCCGGGAAUUUAUACUUCUUACUCACGACACGAGCUUACUGUUUCCAGAUAAUGACAAUUUACGUAACAUGUACCUGUACACGAUUACAGCUCAUAGGUCCAACGCAGCCACAAUCAACACUUCACAAUCAACGCACACAGCACACAGUCAACAUACUCAACUAUUUUUAACACAUCAGGCAGCACGACACAGAGUACGAAGAAUAUUUGAGAUGAAGAAUGAGACAAGAGCCACUCACGUGACAGGCUUAGUUGGCAGUUAUAAGGGAAUGAAGAACGGACUGAGCUUCAUGACUCCUCUUCCUCCUAUCACUGUGACGUAUCGAAUAGGGCGCGCCGGCAUCAGGCAGAUGCAGAAUGUCUAUUUACAUUACUACACUUCUACGUUACCUAUAUGUUAUACUUCUUCUUACUUCAGAUGGAUUGUGUUAUGUUAA